AUGAAAAAAGCAAACCUUAAUACUUGUUUUGAUGAUGAUGAAUUAGAUAAACUAGCGAGUGAAAUUUCAACAAUUAGUAGUCCAAUUUCAUCAAAUUUACUUUCAACACCAAGUCCAAAGAAAAAGAGAGCGAAAACUGUAGAUACUAGUUUAUUGUCAUCACCUCUUUUAUCAGAAGAGGAAAUAUCAAUUAGUACUGAUAUCACAUCCAUCAACUCUUACCACACAAGAGAGGUUCAAUCCAAUGUGUCAUCUCUUAAAUUAGAAUUACAAAAGAAAAAAUUAGAAUGUGAGAGAAUAAGGAGAGAAGCUCAAAUGCAAUUAGCCCAAUUAGAGCAGGAGAAGGAAAACGAAAAACAUUUUUUAGAAAUGGAAAUUCUCAAAUUUAAAACUCAACUCGAACAGUAA